UACAGUAAAGUGAACACUGUACUGUCGCAAAAUUACAACAUGGCGACUGCAAUGACAGGACGCGGUGUCGCUUUCAUGAGGAACAUAUCUGAAGGGUUACGUCACAGGUUCCUGCUUCUCGGUCCCCAGCGGAUCUCAUGUCUACACACGAGCGCUUCACUGGACUUCAGAAGCUGGGACCAGAGGAACCUGACCGUGUAUCCUCCUCAGCUGCCGGAUGAACCGCGCAGACCAGCAGAGAUCUUCCACAGCAGGCGGCAGAUUAAAUACAGUAAAGACAAGAUGUGGUACCUGGCUAAGAUGAUCCGAGGGAUGAGCAUCGACCAGGCCAUCGCACAGCUGGAGUUCAACGACAAGAAGGGAGCCAAAAUCAUGAAAGAGGUUCUUCUGGAAGCUCAGGAGAUGGCGGUGAAAAAUCACAACGUAGAGUACAAAUCCAACCUGUAUGUGGCUGAGUCGAACUCCGGCAAAGGGAAGUACCUGAAGCGGGUACGUUACCAUGGUCGCGGCAUGUACGGCAUCAUGGACAAAGUUUACUGUCACUACUUUGUAAAACUGGUGGAGGGCUCGCCGCCGCAAACGGAGGAGAGGACGAGCUUCGACCAGGCCAAAGAGUACGUCCAGAGCCUGAAGAACAGAACCAUACGACACAGCCUGUAGAUCGUCUGACAGGAGAACACUUCACCUGUUCUUAUACCGUGUGUCAUUUCAUAUUUUGUAAAUAAAUAAAGGAGCCUGAGAGGAAUGA